AUGAUAUACCUCAAGACACUUCUCAACGUGAUAGACAACUCUGGUGCCCAAAUCGUUGAAUGUAUAAAGGUGUCUCGUCACGGUCCAAAAACAGCAGGAAACAUUGGAGACAUUAUCACAUGUGUCGUCAAGAAGGCACGUCCCGAACCUUUAGGUCCAGGUGGCAAAGUCAGCACACAAUUAGCUAAUAAAGUCAAGAGAAGAGACGUUUGUAAGGCAGUAAUUGUAAGGCAGAAAUCGCCGUUGAGAAGACCAGAUGGUUCAGUGAUUAGGUUUGAUGAUAAUGCGUGUGUCUUGAUCAACAAGAAUAAGGAACCUAUCGGUACAAGAAUCAACUCAGUAGUGGCGAAAGAGUUGAGGGAAAGAGGCUUCAACAAGAUUGCAUCAUUAGCACCAAGAACAUGGUAG